AUGGGGAAGAAGCACGGCGGGAAGGGCAAGGCGGCGCGAAAGGGCGGGAGAGGCGACGGAGGCGGGAAGCAGAGAACGAAGGGAAGAGCGGGCAAGUCGAAGCGGCCGGAGUCACCAGAGUGCUCAUGGAGCCUCGAGGGGCAGCUCGCGCGGAUGGGCCUGCGGGUCAAGACGUGUCCCGCGGACGGGAACUGCAUGUUCCACGCGGUGGCGGACCAGCUCGAGGGCGCGGACGGCUGCGCGGGGGACGUCAGGGCGGCGGUGGUCGCGCGGUUGCGGGAGCAGAAGGAGGUGUUGCAGUUCUUCAUUGAAGACGACGAAGACUACGACGCGUACUGCGACAGGAUGGCGCGGGAGGGGCAGUGGGGCGGCCACCUCGAGCUGCAGGUGAUAUCGGAGGUGUACGGCGUCAACAUCAUCGUGCACCAGCACGGCGAGCGGCCGUGGGAGAUCCGCAACCACGAGGGGCCGGGCGUCCGGACUCUGCACCUCGCGUACGAGGGCGGCCAGCACUACGACUCCGUGCGGCUCGCAUCCGACAUGGGCACCGGCCCGGCCGAGCCGAUCCUUGCGCUCGAGCAGCGCGCCCCGGACGGUGCGGACGCCGAGGCGGUGAAGAUUCUGUGUGCAAGCACCGGGUGUGAGGACGACGCGGUGGCGGCCGCCGUGCUGGCGGAGUGCAACGGCAGCGUCGACGAGGUGCGCUGCUCCUCGACCUUGCUCCAGCAUAGCUGCCCAUAG